ACAUGAUAAAAAAACGUCAACAGAAUUGUGUGGAUGUGCGAUGAUGAUGACUGAGCUGCGGAGUCUUGAUUUUAAGUGCAAGCAAGUGCAAGAAGCUUCCGUGUCUUUUUCAUUUUAAUCUCCUAAAAUCGUUUAUUUGUGGAAAUCCAAGGUAAAUGAGGGCGUCCCGUGCGAGUUCGGUGAGGGAGGCAGAAAGACGAAGGAAACCUGUUACACAUUCCGAAAACAGCCAGGCCGAGAAAUCUCCGGAUCUUGGUCGUCCUCUGCGCCGGCAGGAGCGGCUUGUUUUGGAGGCGGAUUCCCCUGAUACGGGGGCGUACUCUGCAUGUUCGCCAUCCGUUGUCAUAACCCCAUCUUGUGGACAUAAUAAAGUACCAACCAUGAACACACUGGCAGCCCAGACUGCCUGUGGAGGGGGCAGCUCCAGAUCCCUCAACAAGAUUGGACAUUGUGAGUGUAACCAUGACAACUAUGGCAACAUCAACAACGAUUCUAGCAUCCAGAAUGAAUGUCAUGUCGAGAGCACGCCAACUUCUUGUCUGGAGGAGGACGAUGUCUUUGGAGCUUCUACAGGAACGCUUAGGAGCAGGCAGGAGAUGCGCUGGGAGCUAAGGUACUUCUUCAUGAACCCGUACCUCAAGUACAAGAAGAGAGGCCGCAAACCAUGGAAGCUAGGGGUUCAGCUCCUCAAGAUCAUCUUUGUUACUAUUCAGCUUGUUGCCUUUGGAACGAGCCAGUUUUCACUGAACAAGUUCUAUGAAGGAAACCAAGAAGCAUUUGAACAUUUGUUUUUGAAGAGCUGGAGUUCCGGUUUUGACUCCAAGGCAUACCCCAAGAGCGAUGAACUCUAUGCCAUCUAUGAACAAGAAAGCUUCUUCAAACACCUUGACUACGUUGCUUAUCAGUUUUCAAACCUGAAGACAAAUGCCAUUGGGACAUAUGGCUAUGAUCACAGAGAAGAAGGAGAAGCCCGCGCUCUUCAUGUAUAUCAGGAGAAUUAUAAAGAGAUCAAGAUAACAGACGAUGGACAGUUUGUAAUUAAUGAGGAUAUUCACGAAAGUUUUAUAGUCAUUCCAGUGAACACAUCUCAAAAUAUAUCGGUCAAAGAUUAUUUAGAGCUUCACAACCAGACACUGUGUCUUGAUACAUUGAGAUUAUUCAAAAUGAACUUUGUGAUAAGCAGCGUUCAUCUCAAGGAUUCAAAGACGUUCACCAUUCCAGAUUGUAUCAAGUUUAAUAUCACUAUUAAUUAUGAUAAUACAGUACAUAGUGGGAGGAUGCCAGUUUCACUCGGUGUUGAGCACAACUUCUUCACCAACUGCUCGAACAAAUAUGAUGAUGAUGAAUUGGAGAAAUCAGCUGCAAGGAUUAUAUUUACACUGGAUAUUCUAGUUCUUUUACUGUGUCUUAUCUCAAUGAUACUGUGCCUAAGAUCUAUCGUUAAAGCACAGCAACUGAAAUUUAAAACCAUGAAGUUUUUCAAGGUGCAUUAUAACUGCAAACUAAGUACCUCUGAUAGGAUGGAGUUCUUAAACCUUUGGUAUGUGAUCAUCGUUGUCAGUGAUAUAUGCACCAUCACUGGGAGUGUUAUUAAGAUCCUGAUUGAAAUAUCGGAUAACACAAACUAUGAUCCAUGCAGUCUCUUGCUUGGACUAGGAUGUUUCCUGAUCUGGUUUGGUGUUCUAAGGUACCUCGGAUUCUUCAACAAAUAUAAUAUCCUAAUUGUAACUCUAAAGAAUGCCAUGCCCAAUGUACUAAGGUUCCUCAUCUGUGCUAGUAUUAUAUACGCUGCAUAUGCAUUUUUCGGUUGGAUAGUGCUCGGACCAUACCAUCCAAAGUUUAAAACACUGAGCAUCUCAGUAGAGUGUAUGUUCUCACUCAUCAAUGGAGACGACAUGUACGCAACGUUUCGUGAGAUGUCUACUAACAACACAACUAUCUAUGUCUUCAGUAGGAUCUAUCUCUACACAUUCAUCAGUCUCUUUAUUUAUGUGGUACUCAGUUUGAUCAUUGCCGUCAUCAUGGACACCUAUGAAACAAUGAAGGAAUACCAAAGAACGGGUCAUGUAGAGGGCAGGCUUCAUUGUUUCAUGGCGGAGACUUGCGAUGAAUCCAUUCCAGGGCGGGGUUCAUUCCACACCCAAUCUAGUAUGAUGGAAAGGUGGAGAUGGCACCAAAAACUAAGAGGCACUUUCUGCUGUAGAAGAUGUAACUCAUACAACAGCGAUGAGGAUAUGAUCACAUGAUGUCAAUACGGGGAAUCCCCAGGUUCUUAGAUACCGGUAAUCAACCCUGCUUGUACAUGGGAGGAAAGUAACCAAGUUAUAAAAACAGUCAUUGAUCAUCUUUCUUAUCCUGUGAUUGCAAGGAGAGAAUCCUCAAGUCUGGAUGAUUGACUCGGUGCUCUCCUCUCUUGUGGAGGAUGACUUUGGAUCAGUCCCAUUUUGAGCCUUUGAAUGACCUUUCUUCAAGAAUCUGGUGGUCUGAAUCCAGGGGACAGGUUCAUGAGAAAAGAAAGUAUUGGCAAGGUUGUUAUCUGACAAUCACCAUAGUUACAAAAAGCCAUUAAUCACCUUCUGCGUCAUCAAACCAUAAACUCCUCUUCCAUUUACCUAGGUACUCCUGAAAGAGAACGCAAAGUUGCAGGAUUGUUUACCGGCCACAAUCGCGUAGCAGUUCGACAGGUGGUACCUGUGAUUGCUAGGAGAGAAUCUUCAAGACUGAAUGCUUUACUCAGGGGCCUUGUCUCUUUUGGAGAUGUCUAAGGAUCAAUCUUAUGCCUUUGAAUGACUUUACAGUGGCUGUUGGUUCAUUCGCUUCAAGAACGUGAUGAUGUAAAUCUUAUGACAUUGGGGGAACCCAGAGGAUUGUUUCAUUGAAGUUGUCAGGAUAGACAAGAUGUUAUCUGUCAGUCACCAUAGUAACAAUCAGACUCUAUGUCUCAUGAUCAUCCCCUUUGCUUCUCAGCCAAUCAAAACCAUGGAUAGUUGUCAGAUAUGACAGGUUGGGAUGCUGAUGAAACUCCCUUAGAUGUCCAGGGCCCGAACUCGGAUUUAAUUUAAUCAUCUUACGCUGGAAGCCAGCUUACUAAUGAUUGUUUAAACUGAUAGGCACAUGUGGGACAGAGUUUUAUGAAUAAUGAUAAUUAUACUUAAGCAUCUGAUAUCUCUUUAUGAGAAGUCCUUUAGUGCUCUACAA